AUGUAUACGCCCAUUCCUGCCAAUACCCCGGCACCCACUGCUCCAGCCUCGUCGAUGGCUUCUAACUCUUCAUCCGGAUCGAAUGCCAACUCUAGCAGCACUACGGGCAACAACUCGAACAUGAGGAACGCUGGCAAUGGUAGAGCUAGCGGUACGUCUUCCAACGGAAGAGCUCGUUCUGGGUCAGGUAUCAGUUCGUUUUUGAAUACUUUCGGAAUUAGACAAAACAACCAGACGGCCUCGUCUUCUUCUGCGGCUCCGGAUCAGCGUCUAUUUGGCACCACUCCAUCCAACUCAAAUAUGAGUUCGGCCAUGGAAAACGCUAAUGCUGCUCCACCUCAGCAGGAACCCCGCCUGCAUCACCCCAUACAAAUGCCUGCAUCGGUCCAGUUUCACGUUCACCGUAACUAUCAGCUUCCAAUUUCCUUAUCGCUAACCGCCCCCAUGUCCGCAGAUCAACACCAACAUCAUCAACAACAGCAGUCUCCACAAAAUUUUGAAAACAGCAAUGCUGCGAGUAUUCAAGAGGCCUUGAAUCAACAACAGACUGCCACUACAUCCAAUAACAAUACUACUACCACUACAACGUCUACUACUCUAUUGAUACCAGCGGAUGUAGCAAGAAACAAUACAGGUCUCGCAGCCUCUGGCUUGGAAGGCCCGGCCUCCACCACUAACAAUCAGGAAAUGUAUAAGAAUCUGCGUCACUUGAUAUAUGCUGCAAACCAGCCAAAUGGGACGGAAAUUUUGCAUUUGGACUUACCUGCGACAAUCGCAGGAGAUUCAAGCAAUACUAUUAAUGUUGAUGAAGAUACUUUGAAGCAAAGAAAGGACAAGCAUGGUCUUUUCAGUAUAAGGUUAACGCCCUUCAUUGACAGUUCUUCCACCACAAAUCAAGGUUUAUUUUUCGAACCGAUUAUAAGAAAAGCAGGGCCAGGAUCUCAAUUGGUUAUUGGCCGCUACACUGAACGUGUCCGCGAUGCAAUCUCUAAGAUACCUGAACAAUACCAUCCAGUGGUAUUUAAAUCUAAGGUCGUAUCAAGAACACAUGGCUGUUUCAAAGUAGAUACUCAAGGUAAUUGGUAUAUAAAGGAUGUGAAAUCUUCGAGUGGGACUUUUUUGAACCACCAAAGACUUUCCCCCGCUUCAUCGUUGUCAAAGGAUACCCUUUUACGGGAUGGUGACAUCCUGCAAUUAGGAAUGGAUUUUAGAGGCGGCACUGAAGAAAUUUAUCGUUGUGUAAGGAUGAGGGUAGAGGUGAACAGAUCAUGGAAACUGAAGGCAAACUCGUUUAAUAAAGAAGCUUUGCAACGGUUACAGAACCUACAGAAAUUAACUACAGGAGUUGAAGAAGAAGAUUGCUCGAUUUGUUUGUGUAAGAUCAAGCCAUGUCAGGCUAUUUUCAUAUCUCCAUGCGCUCAUAGCUGGCAUUUCCGUUGCGUAAGAAGGCUAGUCAUGCUCUCAUACCCGCAAUUCAUAUGUCCCAACUGUAGAUCAAGUUGCGAUUUGGAAGCUUCUUUCGAAAGUAGCGACGAAGAGGAUGAAAGUGAUGUGGAAAGCGAAGGCGAUCAACUGGUUGAUCAAUUGAGCGUACUAAUGGAAACUUCAAAGGAUGCCGUCGACCAUCCCUAA